AUGGCAGAGCCAGUGAUCGUGCAGGGCAGGGUCAUCGCGACGCCCUCCGACCCACAGCCAGGCCACUACCAGCCAGGCCACUACCAGCCAGGCCCUUGCUACGGACCCGGCACAGAUUACCAUGGCGAACAAGGCUAUGGGCAAGCGCAUGGGAGCGGUCCCUACGGAUCUCCGGUUCCCACAGCAUACGGGGCGCCACAGCACGCCCAGCCCCCGAAGGACGACCUCGCGGUGGUGCAGCCCUCCUGCAAGGACGCCAACCUGCCGCCGGAGCUGCGACUGGGCUUCAUCAAGAAGGUCUAUGGCAUCCUGGGCACCAUGCUGCUGAUCACCUUCGGCAUCUCUACGCCCUUUAUCUUCGACACCAAGCGAACCUUGUGGUUCUUCCACCGGAACCAGUGGAUCCUCUACGUGGUUGGCUUCAUCGUGCUGGCGCAGGUGAUCUUCGACCUCUGCAUGUCCUGCCAGCUCUGCUGCGGAGGCUCCGGACUGCUGAGGAGCUACUUCUGGAUGAUGAAGACGUCGCCCUGGAACUAUCUGUACCUGAUGACUUUCUCGGUCUGCUUUGGUGUGCUGAUCGGCUUCGUCUGCGCCCAGUACACCGCCCAAUCUGUGCUGCUGGUCUUCGCGCUGACCUUCGUGCUGGUGGUCGCUUUGACCAUCUACGCCGUCCGGACAAAGGCUGACUUCACAGGGUGUGGCGCCUACAUCAUGGUGCUGUUCAUGGGCAUGAUCAUGCUCAUCUUGGUCUACUCCUUGUUCCCAAGCUCCCUGGUCUUUGAUAAGAUCAUCGCUGGGGUGGGCGCCACCCUCUUCGGGAUGAUCAUUGUCUAUGACACUCAGAUGAUUUUCGGAUCCGCCUCCGCGCAGUUCGGAGGGGGGAAGAGGGAGAUCGAGUACACCAUCGACAUGUAUGCGUUUGCAGCCUGGAGCUUGUACCUGGAUUUCUUGAAUUUCUUCUUGUACAUGCUUCAGCUCCUGGGUGAGAGGAGGGAUUGA